AUGAACCUCUUCGACCCCCGCUGGAAACUCCCCCUCCACUGCUUCCAGCUAUUCCUAAUGGUGAUAGUAAUUGGCCUUUCCGCCCCAAGACUCUUCAUGAAGAACCAACCCCGUACACGAGCUAGUACAAUUGGCCUGGGAAUGGCCGCAAAAUCCUUAGUGAUCAUCCUUUACCAACUCCUAACCGAACACGUCACCGUCCUCCGGAAAUGGGCAAGUUUAAAAGCAUACACGAUCCUCAAUGCCCUGGAGAUCGUCUUCUGGGCCGCUGUCGCAGUCUUGACUAUCCAGGCCAAUGUGCAGAUGUGUGUGGCGCCUGGGUGUAUUUUGGGCUGGGGUGUGGCUAUUACGGGGAUCAAUUUGAGGUAUGGUAUCAAUCUGAGACUUGGUGAGUGGUGUGGAUACUGUAUGGCUAAUGCGUUUGAGAAUAGUGCUUUGGCUAUUUAUUCCACGAUUAUCUGUUAUCUGUGUGAUUCUCGGGUCUCUUUGGGGUGCUUAUGA